AGUUUGUAUUAUUGAGGUAAAAAUAGCUAAGAAACGCAUUGCGCCUUGUUUCAAGAAUACCGUUUUAUAGGUUCAAAAUUGUUGUUUCCUGGUCUAUCGCUUGCUUCUCUCUCCUUAUCGAGAGGAAAAGCUAGCCGAUACCUUUGUCAAGGUACCAUCUGGUUUAAAAUAAAAAGGGUAUAAAAACAGACAAAUUAGCUGACACUUCCCUAAAAAAAGUUUCCGUGUUCGAUAGUCGUGGCACUGUAGUGGUGACGCUGCGGAAGCGAAGGUAGCGGGCCUCCAGCGAGGAGAGGAGGUGCGCCUUGAGCCGGGCCGCAGUCGACGCGAAUAAGCGAAGGGCCGCGGAGUUGAGGAGGAAAUGGCAGCCGCUGCUGCUUGCGGUCUGCGCCACCACCGCCGCCCCGCCACAAGGGCUCGGCGCGCUUUGUAGCCAAUCAUCGCUAGCGCCAUCGUGAGGGUCGGCGUCGCUGGCGGAAGCGGGGGAGUGAGAACGUUUCGCAGAGGCUGCGGCCGCCAAUAGGGCGUCAGUAGUAGUCCUCACGGACCAGACGGUAGUGGGCUUUGGUGCCGAACGUCCGCCGGGAGCCUCGCGAGUGAUAACGAGCUCAGCGGUCGCGUUAUCGGUCCGCGGCCGCGAGUGGGGAGCUCCGCCGCCGCAGCUGGUGCAUCGCCCCCCGGGCCCGCCGGCGCGGCUGUCGACCGCCCCGGACUCGCGAACUGAGGAGAUCAUGGCACUGACGGCGGGGUGGUGGACGCCCUGGGCGAUGGCGUACGCGGCCGUGAGCUGCUACUGGCUGUGGCAGGCCGCCAUGCUGGAGCUGUCCGCCGCCGCGCUGUCCGUCCUGGCGUUGCUGGGCUCCUUCCUCCUCCUCUUCCUGCUGACGGGCGCGGUGUGGCUGGCGACGCAGGGGCUGCGCGCCCACGUGCUGCCCUACUUCAGCGGCCACCACGUCGACCUGGUGGAGCGCUUCGGCUCCUGGGCAGACCUUUCUAGUGCUGCUCUACCGCUGGCAUUCCGGUCAUUCAACAUGUCAGUCAUACUCAUAGCCCUAGCACUUAUGUGCCAGUCGGGUAUCUACGGAAAAGCCAUAAACUCUUUUCUUGGGCCAUUCCUUUCUUACGCCGAACGCUUCUACAUGUGUGAACCCGACAACCGCCAGCUUCCCUGGACGUGGUAUUUGCGUGCCAGUCACUACAACCCACUUAAACCAAACGAGUUGCAACGCCUGACGGGUAAUGUGACGAUUGCAAAUGAACCUCUUGAUGACAGCUGCUGGAUUAAAAUAAUUGUGGAUACCCGGUCAAAUAACCAGUGGAAGGAAAACGCCAUUGUCUGCCAUUUUAAAAAGAAUGCAUAUCGGGCUAUUAAAGAAAAUGUUCCUGGAUUUUACGAGCGUUUUUUCAAGAGGGGAGACGACAAAGAGGCAAGACAUUUUAAACCGAGAGUUUACGAGGUCAAUAAUGAGACAAUUGACUGGAGUUAUCCAAAUGUUCCAAUCGUACCUUAUGGACAGUAUAGGUUCAGAGUCCUGAUUGGAAAAGCUGAAAACCAAUACGCAUGCUGGGUGGUAAAUUCAAGGGUGAUUCCAAAACCCGGCCAGACGUAGUACCGCAAUGUUUAUGGUAACUACUUUAUUGCUGUUCAAGUCCCUCAGAGCUUUUGCGCGGGGUCCAAAAAUAUGAUUGAAACUGGGCAUGGCAAUAUCGUCAAAUAUCGUUUUGUUUGUUAACACUGUACUUGCGCGGCCACAUCUUUCAUGUAUCAUGUAUUAAUGUAUCUUCGAGUAGAAUACACGCUAAAUGUAUUCGUAUGUUUUUGUGCAAACGUUUGUGGGAGGUUCGUCGUACAAAUAAAAUGGUCCAAGUCCAGUUGGUGUGUACGUAGGUGUAGCAAAAAGUCGAAGCUCUGCACCGUCUCUCUCUCUCUUCCCGUCCCCCUCCUCCACUCCGUCACCAGAGUCGAUCACCGAAGUGCCCGCUCUGGUCUCUGGUCAG